AUGAUGUCAUAUCUAAAGCAACCGCCUUACUCGGUCAAUGGGCUCAGCUUAACCACUUCCGGGAUGGACCUCCUGCAUCCAUCAGUGGGCUAUCCAGGUGAGUGGAACGAGCAGAUGGCAGCAACGCCGCGGAAGCAAAGACGAGAAAGGACGACUUUCACGCGCGCACAGCUCGACGUUCUGGAGGCUCUGUUCGCCAAAACUCGAUAUCCGGACAUAUUCAUGCGCGAAGAAGUGGCCCUGAAAAUUAACCUUCCCGAAUCACGAGUACAGGUGUGGUUCAAAAACCGACGGGCCAAGUGUCGCCAGCAGCAACAGCAGCAGCAGAACGGGGGACAGAACAAGGUGCGGCCGGCCAAGAAAAAAAGUUCUCCUGCCCGAGAAGUGAGCUCUGAGAGCGGGGCCAGCGGACAGUUCACACCCCCAACCAGCACCACCACAGUCCCGGCUAUCUCCAGCAGCAGCGCGCCGGUGUCUAUCUGGAGCCCAGCGUCCAUCUCGCCCCUGUCAGACCCCCUGUCUACCUCCUCCUCGUGCAUGCAGAGGUCUUACCCCAUGACGUACACGCAAGCCUCGGGCUACAGUCAGGGCUACGCUGGCUCUACGUCUUACUUCGGUGGAAUGGACUGCAGCUCCUACCUCACGCCCAUGCACCACCAGCUGUCCGGGCCCGGCUCCACGCUUAGCCCCAUGAGCACAAAUGCAGUCACGAGCCAUCUGAACCAGUCCCCCGCGCCUCUGUCCACCCAGGGCUAUGGGACGUCAGGUCUAGGCUUCAACUCGACUGCGGACUGCUUGGAUUAUAAGGACCAGGCAGCGUCCUGGAAACUCAACUUCAACGCGGAUUGCUUGGAUUAUAAAGACCAGUCCUCGUGGAAGUUCCAGGUCCUGUGA